AUGAUCCACCUGAAGAGAGAGGAGCGGGACAAGGGCCUGCUGAAAGUCAUCAAAGAUGAAAAGCAGUCAUUUGAGGAAUGGUUCCAGGACUUGCAGCUGUCCGUCAACGAGUGUUUUGAGAACCCUGAGAGCAGAACAUAUGUGGAAAUGUUGCUGCAAAGACUCAUUAGUUUCAUCAAAUCUAAGGAUGCAGAGAGACGUUUGGACCAGCUGGGAGGUCAGCUGGAGAGAGGCAGCCAGCAGAUUCCUCCUCAGGAUCUCUCUGAUCUCACCGACUGGCUGAAGGAGCAGCAGGAGGAGGUGGCCACGUUCAAAACGCACUGCCACAACAGGCAGACACAGAUGGAGUCGCUCAUCAAUGACUUGAACAGUUUACAGAAGCAGCACGAUAACUUCUGCGAGUGGCUGCAGAGCAAAGAGAAACUGUCCGUGGAAUCAGACAAAGUCAAAAAUCUCCUGAAAAACCUUCAGGAUGAGAGUCAGAGAGUGGAGACCCUCAGCGAGCUGUUAGCAGCAGUACGCAGACAAGGCGUCAGAGCUGACGGUCUCCUGAAGGACGGAGACAACCUGAUACAGCGCCACCGAAACCUGGAGGCCAAGCUGCAGAAGCAGGCGGAGGCCCAGGGCGUCACGGAGGAGUUAGAGAAGUUUAAUACCCAGGCUGAGAGCACCAGGACCUGGUUCAAAGACCUCCUGCAACCCCUCACCUCCACUGAUAGAGACUUCCAACCAGAGGAGAAGAAACACAGAGCACAGGCCGUCCUGAGCUCCAAACCCGAGGUUGACUCUAAACUGAAUGACCUGAUAAGACAAAGUGAGAGUCUGUGUGAGCAGGAAGGUCUGGAGGAGAACAGGAAACAGGAAGUUAAACAGUCAGUCAGAGAUACAGAGGAGCAGUGGAAGACGGUGAUGAAGGCUGCAGAGGAAGCUCUCAACAAGGCGGAGACACGAGAGCUUUUAGACAAAGACCUGGAUGCCUUCAAAUCCCUGAAUGAAAGUGUCCAAUCCUGGAUUAGAGACCAAGAUCAGAACCAAGCUACUCUGAGCUCCAAAUCUGACGGAGAGUCAAAGCUCCAGGACCUGAAGAGACAAUGCCAGAGUCUGUGUGACAACCAGGACCUGGAUGAGCAGCGUAGAGCGGAGGUUCAGGAAGCAGUGAGACACACAGAGGAGCAGUGGAAGACGGUGAUAAAUGCCGCCAAGGAGGCUCUAAACAAGGCGGAGACACAAGCGCUUUUAGACAAAGACCUGGAUGCUUUCAAAACCCUGAAUGAAAGCGUCCAGUCCUGGAUUAGAGACCAGGAUCAGAACCUGCAGACUCUUGGUGGUCACAUUCAAGCUGAAGAAAAGCUGCAGAUUGCACAGGCUACUCUGAGCUCCAAGUCUGACGGAGAGUCAAAGCUCCAGGACCUGAAGGGACGAUGCCAGAGUCUGUGUGACAACCAGGACCUGGAUGAGCAGCGUAGAGCGGAGGUUCAGGAAGCAGUGAGACACACAGAGGAGCAGUGGAGGACGGUGAUGAAGGCUGCAGAGGAAGCUCUCAACAAGGCGGAGACUGAAGCCACCACUGAAGAGGAGUUUGCUGCUUUUAAGAGGCAGAAUGAAAGCAGCCAGUCCUGGAUCAGAGAGAGGAAGCAGAAGCUGUCGUCUCUUGGUGGUCAUGUCCCGUUUGAGGAGAGAUUACAGAUCGCACAGGCUGUAAUUACCUCCAAACACGAGGGAGAAUCCAAGGUGCUCGACCUGAAGAGACGAGCAGAACGUCUGUACGAGCAGCUGGAGGAAGAGAACAGGAAAGCUGAGGUGGAUCAGCUGAUAAAAGACACGGAGCAGCAGUGGAAAACAGUCCUGCGGGCGGCCGAGCAGGCGGAGCUCCGAAGUCUUUCAGACGACUUCGAGGAUCAGAGUCAAAACACUCGGUCGUGGAUCAGAGAGCAUCAACAUCAUCUGAUGUCUGUUGGCAGUCAGACACCACCUGAAGAGAGGUGUCACACCGCUGAGUCCGUCUUGAGCUCCAAACCCGACGGCGACUGUAAGGUGAACAACCUGAGGCGGCGAGGUCAGAGUCUGUGUGACCGGCAGGAAGUGGAGGAGAGCAGAAAACUUCAAGUUCAGAAGACGGUCAGAGACACGGAGGAGGAGUGGAGGUCUGUGCUGCACGCUGCUAAAGAGGCGGAGGCUGCGGCACAAGCUCAGAUCAGCGAGGAGACGGAGAGGAUUCAGCUGGAGCUGAGAGAAUUUGACACCUGUUACCAAGACACCGGCCACUGGCUCACGGACCUGGAAGGACGACUGGAGUCACUGAGCAAUCAAACCAAAGCUGAGGAGAGACUGCACACAGCACAGGCCAUCACGAGCUGCAAGACGGAGGGAGACUCUAAGCUCCAGCAGCUGAAGAGCCGAGGCCAGAGUUUGUGCUCUCAGGACCUCGAAGAACAAAAGAAACAAGAGCUGCAGCAGACCGCCAACGACGCUGAGGACAAGUGGAUGAGAGUCCUGCAGGAUGCUAAAAAGGCUCUGGAUCAGGCGGAGAAGCGCUGUGCUCUGGAUACUCAGGUGAUGGUCUAUGAAGUCCUGAAAGAGAAGAGCAGAUCCUGGCUGGAAGAGAGGCAGCAACGCAUCGUCUCACUGGAGAACCAGGCGGAUCAUGAACAGAUAAUAAACUCUGCACAGACCAUCCUGAGCUCCAAACCCGAGGGAGACUCACAGUUGAGCAACCUGAGAAGACAAUACCAGACUAUGUGUGAGCGAGACGACCUGGUAGAGAGCACGAGACGGGAAGCUGAGCGGACGAUAAACGACUCAGAGGAGCAGUGGAGGACGAUCCUGCAGAGAGCUGAGAACGUUCUGAAAAAAGCUGAAGUCCAAUACUUGCUCUCCAGGGAGCUGGAAGCCUUCCAUGGCCAAGUAAGGAGCACCAAAAGCUGGGUGGAAGUGCUGCAGAAACAGGCCAAGUCCAAGGAGAGUGGCACUCAUGGCAGCCAGACUCAGAUAGAGGACAGACUGAACACAUCACAGGCCAUCUUGAGCUCUAAGUCGAAGGGUGAGACUGAAAUGUUGGAGCUGAAGAGACGAGCGCAGAGUCUGUGUGACCACAAGGAGCUGGAGGAGGACAGGAGGCGAGAGGUUCAGGAGACGGUUAAAGACACGGAGGAGCAGUGGAGGACGAUCCUGCAGGCUGCUGACGACACACGCAGGCAGUUGGAGGGGGUCUUGGAGCGUCUGGUGUCGUGUCGCAGCCAGCGCAGCCAUGCUGAGGCCCGUCUGGCUGAGCUCCAGAAGCAGACGUCCAACCUGCCGCAUGUUUUCUCCUGGCCGGGUCUCGGGGAGCGGAGGCAAGCCAUGGAACAAGCCCGGACCCUGCUGGACCGGUGCACAGCGCUGGCCCCCGUCCUGUCAGACCUCCACAAACAGGCUACACAGCUGUUUGAGAUCACACAGGACCCCAGCUGGUCCGAUCCCUCCUGGAGAACUACGGAGGAGUCGAUCCCUGCUCUGCUCAAAGACUUAACUGAGGCGAUUCCUAACCUGGAGGACGGCAUCCUGACGGAGAGGCUGUUCACCCAGCUGGUGGAGCAGCAUGAAGCAGCACAGGACUGGUUGAGGGAGCAGGUUAAAGGCCUGGGAGCUCCUCCAUCAGAUAGACAGGGUCUGCACAGUGCUGUCAACACUCUGAAGGCUUUACUUCAAACAGUGGACAGGGAGCAGAGGGAGAUGAAGGAUCUGGACGCAGCCAGAGACAGUUUGCUGAGCCUCUGCACCCCCGGAGGUCAGGAUGCUCUGACCCUGGAAGUCAGCCACCUGCAUGAUCUCUGUGACACCUCAGAGAAAGAGGUGAGGGAGCGUCUGACGGCCUGCGAGGCCCAACUGGAGGAGCUGGACAAGCAGUUGGCCAAGAGGGCCGAGGGACUGAAGGAGAGAGCUGCAGCCCUGCAGUGGGAGCUCCGCUCUCUGGAUCAGGCGCUCAGUUACAGCGAACAUCAGAACAACAUCACUCAGCUGCAGCAGCACUGGCACAGCCUUCAGAACUGUGAGAAGUCUCUGGAAGGUUUGGGUGUGAAAGUUCAUGAGCUGCACAAGGAAGUGAAGUCUGCACCAGCCGCCAACGAGCUGCCAACAGAAAUAAUCAGUGUGGUGGAUUCUUUAUGCCAGCAACAUGACAGUCUGAAGUCCAGGCUGAGUGAGCGUCAGAGUACCUGCUCUACAAACACAGUCAGCUGUCUGACGGACUCUCUGCAAGCCCUGCAGCAGUGGAACAAGAGCAAGCCAUCAGAGUCCAUUUCUUCUGUGCAGGUGACAAUAGACGAAGGUGAAAAGUUGCAGGCUGUCCUGCAGGAGGCGCUUUCUCACCAGCAGUUUCUAACAGACUGUGUGACACCGCACCUGUUUGACAAACUGGUGAAAGAUGGUUCAGAAACUCUCAGAGAAGCAGACAUGCAGAAGACUUCUCUCAGCAACCACUUAAAGGAACUUGAUGAAAGGGGGAAACAAAAACUCCCUGACAUUCAGUCCUCCGAUGUCGUUCGUGGCAAUCUAGAGGAGGUGAAGACAUCUGUGGUGGCACCUCCACGAAAAAACAAGCGCUCACCUGAGAAGAAAUGUCAACCACAGCAAAACAUUCCCAUAACAGACCAAUAUAGUUCGUUUGAGGAUGAAUCAGCAGUUUCGGCGGACUCCGUGCAAGCUGAGGCUAAAACAUUAAAGCCUGCAGGGACAGAAGAUAUAAAAAGUACCGGUGCUGAACAAAUCGAAAUUGAGCCGCGUCCAGCUCAAGAAUCUAUUGCAACACAAAGUUAUGACUACCCAGAAUUUGGACAACGGCAACCUGAAACUGCUGUUGUGGAACAAAGUAAGAUUCAACCACCCAAGAGAAAGUCAAAGAGUACAGAACUUCCUCCUAAACCUGCUGACACCGAGGCACCACAGACAAAAGAGGAAGUUGAAGGUCUUAGUUUCAACGAUGAAAAUAAAAGUGUUGUUACGAAAGAAACAAAGCUCGUACCAACCAGAAGAAAGUCAAAGAAUAAUGGCGUUUCAACACCGUCAAAGCCAGUUGUUAUCCAUGAUACAGCUACUGAUGUGGAGUCUUCAAGUCCAGAUGUGGUUACAGGAUCGACUGAAAUUACUAUUGAACAAAAAGGUAAACUUUCACCACCCAAAAGGGCAUCAAAGGGCCAGAAGACUUCACCCGAACUUGCAACCAAGGAGGCAACAAAGACCAUGAAAGAGCCUGACAGUGGGAAAGCUUCUCCAACUACACAGGUAGUACCAGAAGUAACUGAAGCUGUUAUUGUGGCAGAAAGAAAGCCCUCGCCAACCAAAAGAAAAUCAAAGAGUGUAAAAGCUUCUCCUGAAAUUUCUAAAAAAGAGCCGACAGAAACAAAGCAAGAACCUGACAGUCAGAUGUCUUCUUCAACUGUAGAUGUGGUCACAAAAACUGCUGAAAUCACUGUUGUGGAAAAAGGUAAAAUCUCACCAACCAAAAGAAAGUCGAAGGAUUUGAAACCUUCUCCAGAGCUUGCUACCAAAGAGUCAACAGAGGUCCUCAAAGAGCCAGACAGUCAGAAGUCUUCUGAUUCAAAAGAGCAAACUGAAAAAGCUGUUUCGGAAGUAACAAAGCUGAUACCGACCAGGAGGAAGUCAAAAGGUCCCGAGGCGGCGGUCUCUGCCCUUAGUGGAGCCACUGAUUUGGAGCCUAAGGAAUUUAAGAAAGAGCCUGAAAGUGAGAAACCCUCUUCACCUGCCCAGGUAGUCACAGAAUCUGCUAUUGUGGAAGAAGGAAAGCUCUCGCCAACCAAAAGAAAAUCAAAAAGUCCAAAGGCUUCCCCAAAACUUUCUUCCAAGGGGAAAGUUUCACCUGCAAAAAUAAGAUCUGACAGUCAAACUACGGUAGAAGGCAUCAGUCCGAUAUGUGAGAAGAGUACUGUUAAAGCUAGUGGCAUUGAAGUUAUUCAGGAGCAUCCAGAAAAGAAAGUGGUCACAGUCAUUCUAGAUACAUCAGAGGUUUCUUUACAGACAGCAGGUACCCCUCCACAGAAGAUUAGAGACACUAUUAAUGUUAAGACCCCUGGAUUGGUAGAGGAAAGUGCCACAUUCGUGCAACCAAUCGAUACUCGUCGUACUCCAUCUCCCCAUGCUGAAACUUUGGAGUCUAAACCUAAAGAAAGAUCCAAAGAAGCCCCAGAACAACCCACCGCCCAGAAUACAAGGAGUCGCUCAUGCACAGUGCCUCAAACACAACCACUGACUGACAUUCAGUAUGGAGCAAAUUACACCGAGAAUUUAUGGAGCAACACAACUGAGAUGCAGAAGAGAUAUCUGGUCCUAGAUAUGCCUGGCAUGGGAUUUACCCAGACGCAAGAGAGUACGCCUUAUCAGCUACAGACGGAAAAUGUGGCUGAAAAAGACUCCACUCAACCAACCUCGUUUGGUUUAGUAGCAGUGCAGCCACAUGAAGAAGAGACAUUUACAGAAAUAAGCUUAUCUGAACAGACAAAUAUCCCCUUCACCCCGAUUCCAAAGGAGUCAAGAAUAGAUGCAGUUCAAACAGUGUCUGGAAACCAAUAUAUGACUACUGCUGAUGCCAAGCCAAAGGAGCCUGAGAGUCAGAAAGAGGAACAGGAAAAAGUGGUCAAACUACAAGAUGUUCCUCUACCAAUGGCUACAGCGACCGCCACUGAAGAAGAGAGGCUUCAGGGUGUGGAUUCAUCACAGGAGCUGGUGUGCAGUGCUGAUGAGCAAUCACUGGAAAACGAAGAUGCAGCAGAGACAAGCGGUUUGCAGACUGAGGAAGACAUUUCUGACAUACCAGACUCUCAGAUGACCGACAUCUUCGUAGAGAUACAGAUGCUCGCAGGGACAGGACCCAACAGUCAUCUCAUCGAGGUAGCGACUUCUGAUACUACAGACACAAUUAGAAAUGGUCACGCCUUAUAA